ACUCCAGCGUCCCUGGCUCUUAGGCUGGCGGGACCUCAGAUUUCUCUCGCGUUUUUUCCCUCGUGCGGCGGCGGCUAACUCCGCGAAGGCUGUGUCCAGAGCGCGGGCCUGGCGGGGACGGGCAUGAGGGGCUUCGGUCGCAGCUAGUUCUUGGGAGGCUCGGGGAAGGACGUUCCGGCUUUCACGGGCGCCGACGGCGGCGGGGCGACGGAGCGCUCGAUCCUUUCCGCUCGUCUAGUAGUUAUCUGCUGCCACGAACACGUGCUGUGGAGCCUCUCGUGGAGCCCUUCUUGGGGCUUGCACUCUGGUGGGGGGCAGCCAUUAGUUGCAAGCAUGGGGUCUCUAGAGCGGUGGUCUGACCCAGAACAGGGGAGGUUUCUCUGAGGAAGGCAGUGUCUUGAGGUGACAGUGAACUUCCAGGGAGGGAGCCUCUAGUUUGUUCGUAUGAUAGAUAACCAGUAUCUGGCGAGCUGAUGCAAAGCGUCAACUGUGCCGUAGGGAAUAUAUCUGUGACUAAAUUAGAAUCUCUUAAUGUUGCCGUGAAGUGAGACAGGUUGCCCAUGUUGUGUAUCACACAGGUAGGAACCAAGUGCCGUGAGCUCCGGAUUCUGAAACUCUUUUUGUCUCAUGAUUGAGUUAAGACACACGUAGGAAACAUUCGUGUUAUAUAUGUUGAAUUAAAAACGUCAUACCUUGGUUUUAUUAUGGUAUGGCUUUCACCUACUUGAAGGCACAUACUUGGUCUGGUUCACGCCCAUAUUUCCUGGAACAGUCUUUGAGCUCAGCUCAGUAGGAGCCCAGUGAUGUUAAAUGAAGACAUAAGUGAUGCAGUAAUUGUAGGGUUUCAAAAAUAAGGGGGAUAACCAGAGACUUAUUUAGGAUAAUUAAAAUGACAAAAGAGCCUGAGAGACUUGAAUAUGAAGGUAAACCCUAAGUCAUUAAGCCCCGUGAUUCUGGAACUAUAAAGGCUAAUAGCAGCAGGGAGCUGAGCGUAUUCAUUCCUGAAGGGGAUUUGUACAAAUCAAAGGAAUGUUAGCUUCCUUUGCACAUUUCCAGAGAAUGAGAUUUGGGAUCUGGGAGACUUGAGUGCCAGCCUCAGGCUAGCCACAAAGUAGUCUUGACUUUGGGUUUUACUUCUCAAAACUUCACUUUCUUCAUCUGUAAAAUGGGGGUAACAGUGGUGCGUUUAAUGAGGAAAAUGUAGGUCUUAGAGUGUUAGUACAGCGCCUGGCAUGAGAAGUGUGCACUCUUACUUUAAAAGUUCCUGUGCUGUGCAUUGUGUGGAAAGAGGCAGACCCUGCCCUAGUUGUAUGAGAAAUUAUCUCUUUCUGAUUGGUAUAUAGAAGCCAGAUCUUGGUAAAUGAUAAUGAUAAAUACCUGAAAUAAUCAAUGCAGAAGAUUUUUUAAUGGAGGUUAUUCUGUUAUACUUUUUUCCGUGUGGUGUUCCAAGAAAACAGCAGUGACAGCUGACAAACCAUUACAUCUUUCAUCAUGCAGACCUAAUUGAUAGCAAAUGUACAUCAUGUAUUAUUCUCCUUACUCUGUCAUUUAGAAGUUUAAUUGAUGCAGAAGACUUUAAAAAAUUAUUCGGGUUCUCAUGCAUUAAACUAACCUACUUGUAAUUUGUAGAAGGAAAGACAGCACAAGAAGUGUCUGCCUAAUUUGCUAAUUUCUGCUCUUUGGAGAGCCUUUGUAACUUCUUAUGUUCUUAAUAGAGGUUUACACACGAUCGAUCGAUCGAUCGUAUCUACUGUAAGAGAAAUGCGCUUCUAAACUCAUGUCUAUUUAAGCUGACGCCCAGUUUAAAGCUACACUACUCUUUUUUAUAUUCUUAAAACUACUUUGUGAUCUUUAUGGAAUUUUUUCUAAAAUUUUGAGAAAAUUGGUAAUAGCUACAGAAAUUUUAAAACCAGAGUUCAAAGUCACCUUCAGCAAUUAUAUUUCUUGGUGUGUAUAUUUUGUUGGGUAUUGUACUGGAUUUAGAAGUUAAAGACCUAGUCCUUUUCCUGAGAUGAUUUACAGUCUGAUUAGGUAGAAUGGAAAGAUACAGAAAAACACUAAAAACAGUCUAUGAUAGGUGGUUUCAACACAGCCUCAGGUAGAUACAGUGAGCGAGCAGUUUCAGAGAAGGCUUCUUGGGACUGGGGUUUGAGUGAUUAAGCUUUGAAGAAUGACUAGCUUGUAAAUAAAUUGGGAGACUAUUUCAGAAAGAGAAAACAGUGGGCAGAGGAAUAGCAGUAGAGUAUGGGAUUGUAGCUCUAGCAUGGACAGUGAAUGGGGAAAUGGCAAAAUUUGUGACUAAAGGAGAGUCAGAAUAAUGGGAAGUAGGCUUAAGCUACAUUGGGAAGGACUUUAAAUGCUAAUUAAAGAAGUUGCACAGUAUUCUAUCAGGUGGCCCUUGAAGGUUUGGGAGUAGGAUGUUGACCAGAAUAAUUAGAAUAUAUUUGAGGUAGAUGAUAGUGUAGUAGAAUGGUUAGAAAGGGAAUAUCAGAAAGUUAAAACCCAUUCAGUGUUUAGCUCAUUAUAUUAUUUGUAUUGAAGCCGUAUCUGUGGUCUUAAGGAUAUGGAAGACUGCUACAUGCAGUGGCCUCAUCCCUCUACCUCCUUGACAAGAACCACUAUUUUGAAGCAACAAUAGUUCUUACAAAGCAGUUCUCAGGCAGAAUCGUCAGGGACCCAGACCAUCUUAAAAUCCAUGUUAGAGGACUGUCCUGCAGGGCUACUCAAUAUGUCACAGCUCUGUACAUCUUACAUUUUGUAGAUUCAUGGAAUACUACUUAAGGUGUUUGUUUUAAACAAAAGUAAACUUCCCAGGCACAUUAAUCACGUUUUAAAGUUUAUUUAUUUAUUUUGAUAGAGAGUGGGGGAGAGUCAGAGAGAGGAUCCCAAGCCAGCUCCAUGCUGUCAGCAUGGAGCCCGAUGCAGGGCUUGAACCCAGGAACCAUGAGAUCAUGGCCUGAGCUAAAGUCAGAGGCUUAACUGACUGAGCAACCCAGUGCCCCAAAAGUUUUGUUUAAAACUAGGUAGGAACUUUUAAAUAAACCAAGAUUCUGUGGCAAAAGGUAAUUGGGCCCCUUCCUGGACUGCUUAUUUAAGUCUAUCAAGUGUUUUAUAAGAAAUGCUAUUUUUCCCCCCAGAAGGAGCAGCUGCUAAUCGUAUCAGGCCACCAGGUUCUGCUCAGCAACAUUCUUCUUAAGAAGUACCAAGGGGGGAAAAUGUGGUGGAGUGGAAAGGGGACUGGCCUGUGUCCCCAGGACUGCUACAUGCAUGUAGUUGAGAGACAUGGAUUUGAAUGCUGCCUUGAAUGCUUAUUACCAUUAUGACCUCAAACAAGUCAUUUAGCCUGUUGGAACCUCAACGUUUCAUCAACAAAAUGGGGAUAUUACCCAUGACAUCCGAGCAGAGAACUGAACGACGAGGGGCCAGUCCUAUGAAGCUCUGGGAAGAUCUAAGGUAGGGAUGGCACUCUGCCUUUGCUCUCAUGGUAUUCUGCUCUGACCAAACUGGCCCAGAUUUGCCUGACUCCUGUAUGCAGUGAUGUUAAGAGGAUUAUUUAUACAGGAAAACUUUUUAAAAAAAAUUUUUAAUGUAUAUUUAUUUUUUAGAGGGGGGAGGGGCAGAGAGACAGAAUCCAAAGCAGGCUCCAGGCUCUGGAGUGUGAGUGGGGGAGGGGCAGCCUGCUUCAGAUGCUGUGAUUCUUCAGAUUCUCCCCUGCUUGCUCGUGCUUGCACUCUCUCUCUCAAAAUAAAUAAACAUUUCAAAAAAUUUAUAUAAUUUUACAUUCCAUAUAGUUUGUUGUUAAAUAUGCCCUUCAGUAGAGAAUAUUCGGUUUUAUAUCUUGAUUUUUUAAGUUAGAAAACUUACAAUCUUAUAUAAUCUAUAUAACUAAAAAGAUUGACUUAUUUUUAUGAUCUGUAUUUGCACAGGUAUGUUAAUAGGUUAUACAAAAACAGAAUUAAUCACUGGAAGCAAAAGCUUUCUGUUUAUCCCAGGCAAACAACUCUUUCCACCAGGAGGGAUAAACAUAAUUUUCUGCGUGGCUCCCUAGCUGCUUCCUGGCACUCGAUAUGAUGUUGAGUACUGUGGUCACAUGUGAACAUUGGGUUACAAGCACCCUGGCAGGAGAGCCUCUGUUACGUGUAUCUUUGUACCGCCCACAGUGCUAACCUAGUGGUGUCCUGAACAUAAGCCUCCAGUAGAUACUGGCUGAAUGACUCACUGUUGUCUCUCUGCAGAGGUCAGUUCCUCAGUUCAGUGACGCAGGUUGCAUUUCAGCUACUGGGGCUGCAAUAUCCAGGUGGGGGCUGUGGACUCCUGUAGCCUGUUAAUUCUCUUGAUCACCCACCGUUUACACAGUCGCCCUUUCAGAACCCUCCUCCCUUCUCCCCCACUGCUUUGGAUGGUGAUUGCUUCUCUUCUUCCCCUUACUCUAUAUCUCUCAGCAAUGAUUUAGGGCCAUUUUACAGUCUGCUAAUUCCCUGAGAAUGAGGUGCCUCUUCUGGGAGAUACUGCCAUCCUCGAUGGCACUGCAGAUAGGUUUGUGUUGACUGAUCUCCAGGCUCUCCAAGUCAUUUUGCCCUUAGCCUGAUUACAAGGCACCAUCUGUUUGUCUCCAUGGCUUAAUGAAUCGAGGGCUCAUAAAUAUAGCUGAUAUCUAAAUUGAAUCCAAAUCACAGUGAAGAAAGGAUAAUAGUCUCCUUCGCCAGAGAUGGGUGGGCAAUUACUUUUAUAGCUUUGGAGAAAAAUGGAUUAUGUAGAUACUUCACUCAAAUUGGUGGCCCUGAGUCACUGUCCCUAUAUGCUGAUGCUUUUGCUCAGGGACAGUAACUUGCCUGCCCUGUUUCAGGAGAAAUAGAUUAUCUACCUGACCCAAGUUCACUCAGUGAAUCAGCAGUCAGAUUCUAGCCAUCAUAGUCCUUCUGCUACUUUGGCUUAUGAGGGUCAGAAGAAUUUUUCAAGCAUGAAGAAUAUUAAAAUAACCAUUAAAAAACUGACCUAGUAACCUUGGCCUGUUGCCUAAUGCAGUAUGGCUGAUGAGAGGGAAAUCCCUUGCAGUGAGAUGGCUGAGUGUUAAGUGUACUACACAGGUUGUGAUUUUUCUAGAAAUUGCGGGGGGGGGGGGUGGCUGUUAAACAGUUUUAAAAGAUCUAUUGCCACUUCUGGUGAAUUUGUUCUUACAGUCAGUGGGAUCUGGAAUCCUUGAGAUCCAUGGGCUACAGUGAGUGAGUUGUCUCUGGCCUCCCCCUUACCUGCAAGUAUUUUACACCAGAAGGAAGCAGAACCACAUGCAGCUACCCAAACAGCCUGUGCUACACCAACACAUGUGCUCACUGCCUACCAUUGCCAUACACUUGACAUAUCCACGUCUCUGAUCAUUAAAGCAGCUCUAUCAUGUAAAUAUUAUUAUCCCCAUUUUAUACGUGAGGAACCUGGGGAUCAACAUAAUUAAGUAAUUUUCAUGGGUUUCCAUUGAGGCAGAGGCAGGAUUUGAACCCAGUCCUGUUUAGCUCAUGUUUCUGCAAUGCUUCGUUGCCGUUCAGUGCAUUUUUUUGCCCUCCCUAUGCUUAUUCUCUGUCUCCUCUUCUGUUUCCCUUUCAGAAUCCUUAUCAAUCACAAGGGUUUUUUGAAAUAUAAAAGUGUGUGUAUAUAUUAUAUGUACAUAUAUAUUCACAACACAUGUACUUUUAUAUCUAUAUACCCAUAUAGAUGUAGAUAUUUAUAGACAGAUAUAAAUAGAUAUAUAGAUGUAUAUAACAUUAAAUGAGGAAAGAUAUACCCCUCAAAUGUUAAUGGUUGUUUUAUCUGAGUAGUAGAAUAAUUUGUGAUUUUCAUUUUUUCUUUGUGUUUUUGUGUCUUUCUCAAACUAGUAUUAUUGUCAUCAGGAAACAGUUUUUUAAAUCUUUCACAUCCUUUCAAAUUCAUAUGCUACUACCUUUGUGAGUAAAAUCUUUCCUGAUCUCCACACUAAUGCUACUUUCUCUUUUGAAACAGACUCUUUCCCCAGCACUUUUUUUGGUAACAUUAGUUAUUUAUUUUGAGAGAGAGAGGGAGGGGGAGUUGCAGAGAGAGAGGAGAGAGAAAACCUCAGGCAGGCUCAAAACUGCCAGCGCAGAACUCAGCGUGGGGCUCAGACCCAUGAACUGUGAGCCCAUGACCUGAACUGAAAUCAAGAGUACGAUGCUUAACCGGCAAGAGCCACCCAGGCGCCACUCCCCAGCACUUUUAUUGUCUUGGGUCAUUUCCAGCAUUUUGCUUUGUAUUCUGUGUAACCACAGGUCCCCAGGUCCCACAAAUUGAUAGAGGAAAGGAGUCGGGGAGGCGCAGCUAAUGAUAAAAAAGGUAACGGAAUAGCUGUUGCUCCAUUAGGAAAGCUAGAAUCUUCCUGCUGUAUCCACUAUAUCCCAGACUUUUUGGUCUCAUCCCCUCCCUGUGGUCCUGGCCAUGUCUCUUCCACAUUGCUGUUCCUAUGACCUGAGUCAGCCAUGAUGCUCACUCUGUGUGUGAUGCUGUCCCCUCUCCUUCACUUGGUACCAAGCUAGGCCCCAUUAUUCCAUCAGCCUCACACCAUCUAGGCUGUACCUCUACCCUUCAUCACUUUGCUGAAGUGGGACCAUCUCCCACCCAGGUUGUACCUUUUAAAAGUUAUUCUCCUUCCCCUCAUUUUCUUAAUCUCUGAUAUAACCUAUUGCACGAUGACUCAUGUUUUCCGGCUCCUUAAUACAUCCCCUCCCCAGCCUCCUUGCCUAGAAGAACUUGCCCUGAGAUUAGGUUGGGAGCCAGAGAAAUCUGGCCCAAUCCUUCCCUCUCCUUAGGGGCCCCAGAUGGAAGGGUGCACAACCACUCUCUUGUCUGGGAGAUCGAGCUGUGAUUUUGUUCUAUAAUUUAUUCUAGUGUCUCUCUCCUGGGUGGCUUGUUUGCCUUCAUCUCACCAGUCAUUCCCUUUCCAGGAAGGCCUGUCUGCAGCAACCAGAACUGGAAGCCUGGUGGCCCUCUUGACAUGCCCUGUGCUUGGGUAGACAAGCAGAAGCAACCCUGCUUGGGCUGUCAUCAGUCCACCGUGUCCUCUUCUAAGCCUCUCCAUUAACUUCUUGGACGGGAGCUGAGGACCAGUCAACUUUGUACACUCUGUGCACUCUGAAGCAGCUCUUAACAUAGGAUGGUCUCAGACUCCUCAGGCUCCUCAAAAUCAAGUGUACCUAUUUCUCCUCAGGCUAGAUAGCCCAGGUCACCCUGGACAUCAUACAGCACAUAUGUUCUAGCAGGAUAUGAAAAGGAAUUUUAAGAAAGAACCCAGAUGGCAGUAGUCUUAUGACAUUCUCUUGACCAUCCCCAUGACUCUAUGGGGCUCUAGACCAUCCUCGAGGCUACAAAAGUGACAAGCCACAGCUACAUCAAAAUUUGUAGCAAAUAAGGGACUGGGUCGGAAUGGGAACCACAGAAGGAGCUAUUUCAGAGCUUCACGUCUUCUGUGCUGCUGGGGGAAACCUGAGGCAGGUGGUCUCUGUCACCACAAGCUCCAGAACUGGGCGUGUCCUCCUAACAUGGCCUCCACCACCUCCCCUCUGCUGCCUACCACUGAGGUUGCCAGUUCUGAGAACAGCAGCUCCUUCUAUGACUACGAGUACUACCUGGACAGUGUGGCUUUCAUGCUCUGCCGGAAGGAUGAGGUGAUGUCCUUUGGCAGGAUCUUCCUGCCAGUCUUCUACAGCCUGAUCUUUGUGCUGGGUUUAGGAGGAAACCUCUUUCUUCUAAUGGUCUUGCUCCGGUACAUGCCUCGCAGGCGGAUGACUGAGGUCUAUCUGCUGAACCUGGCCAUCUCCAACCUCCUGUUUGUGGUGACACUGCCUUUCUGGGGCAUCUCUGUGGCCUGGCAUUGGGUCUUUGGGAGUUUCUUAUGCAAGAUGGUGAGCACCCUCUAUACCAUCAACUUCUACAGUGGCAUCUUCUUCAUUAGCUGCAUGAGCCUGGACAAGUACCUGGAGAUCGUCCACACUCAGCCCCACCACAGACUGAGGACCCGGGCCAAAAGCCUGCUCCUGGCUGCCAUGGUAUGGACUGUGGCCCUGGCUGUCUCCAUCCCUGACAUGGUCUUUGUGCAGACACAUGAAAACCCCACAGGCGUGUGGAACUGCUAUGCAGAUUUCGGAGGACAUGGGACCAUCUGGAAGCUCUUUCUCCGUUUCCAGCAGAACCUCCUGGGGUUUCUCCUUCCACUCCUUGUCAUGAUCUUCUUCUACUCCCGCAUUGGCUCUGUGCUGGUCAGGCUGAGGCCCCCAGGCCAGGGCCGGGCUCUGAAGAUAGUCAUAGCCCUCGUGGUGGCCUUCUUUGUGCUGUGGUUCCCAUACAACCUCACCUUGUUUCUGCACUCACUGCUGGACCUGCAAAUAUUUGGGGACUGCAAGGUUAGCCAGCACUUGGACUAUGCCCUGCAGGUGACAGAGAGCAUUGCCUUCCUUCACUGCUGCUUCACUCCCAUUCUCUAUGCCUUCUCCAGCCGCCACUUCCGCGGGUACCUGAAGGCUUUCCUCAUCACUGUGCUCCGGCACAACCAGGCACCUCGCCCUGCACAGGCCCCACUGUCCAGCUGUUCUGAGAGUAGCAGGCUCACUGCCCAAGAAGAAAUGACUGGCAUGAAUGACCUUGGGGAGAGGCAGGCUGAGCACUCCCCUGACAUGAAUGACACGGGAGAAAAUGAAGCCUGAGUGGCCAUACCACAGUCUGGUGAGAGUGGAUGGGACCCAGCUCAGUUGGGCAUCCACCCAAAGUCCUCUCUUCAAGGGCCUCAUGGACCAUGUUGUCAGACCCAGUGGUCAGUUCUCAAUUCUCAACCAUCAGCAGCAUUUACUUACUCUUGCCUCUUCCUUUCACUUUCUUUAUUGCCUUCCAGGAAAUCAUACUCUCUUGCAUGAAUCGCUACAGUAGUGUCCUAACUGACCUCGGUGCUUCUUAUCAUCAUGCUACGUCCUGUCAUCUAAUCUGCUCCCAGCAGCCAGCAUGAUCACCCACCCUCAGCCAUCAGUGCCAUCUUCCUCAGAGUAGUCCAAGGCUUGCCACCCACCAGUGUGCCCUCUUCCCUGUAGCUCAGCUGGGAAAAUAUUGUUGCAGUAUCGUUUAAUGUCACAGCUUUGAUGGCACUGCCAAGGGUCUGGCAAGCCGGAGGGCCUGGAAGUGCCCCACCUGGGGAGCUUCCCAGGAACAUGAGAGUCAGCAGGUGGGAUGCCAGGUGAACAUGGCAGUCCAGGAGGCUCUUCCUUCUUGUGCUUCCCAUGCCCCGCUCUGGAGCCUUCAAGGGUCCCUGGGGCCUGCACAAUCAAGUCUAAAUUUUUUGUCUGGCUUCAGGGCUGGAGCUUUCACACGUAGAAUCCCAUAUGCCAUCUUACCCUUAUAGUCCGUCAUUCCUUUUCACUUCCUGGACACCAGGUACCCCUUGUCUCUUACACAUUCCCACCUCUAUGUUUUGUGCUUGCCCACUUUGUGUAACAGGGAUCAUUUUUUCAGCCAGCUGUCCCCUCAUCCUUGUUCUUUAGCUGUCUCUCCUAAGGCCCCAGAGUCCCACUGUCAGGAAGGACUCUGAGCUCCAUUGGUGCCCUGGGAAAUGAAGCUCUGUAUCUGAAGGUGAUGAUUUGUUUGAGGAUGUGGGGGAGUGGGGUUCUAUUUUGGAGCUCCUGAAAUCUGGUGCACAAGGGACCUCAGUCCUGCCCACAUAGCAGCCUGACUGGUGAGAUACAGCCUGAGCUGUACCAACUGGGUCUAGGUACCCAGAGUCUCUGACAUCGUAUCCAUGAUGCAUAGAUGAUAUGGGAUAAGGUAUGCCAGCCAAGGGACACCUAGCAGGGCUUAUCCCCAGCACUGGCAGAUGUGUGUACGUGUAGUCUAUGUGCACAUGUCUGUGUUGCUGUGUGGGCUGUGCAUAGUACAUAUAGCUAUGUGGAUCUGACAUGAAUGUGUCACUGUGUCCCCUGGGCCUUGUGUCUGUGUGUUCCUAUGUGUCUUUCUCUAGCUGUGUAAGUGUGGGUAUGUGCUCUCUGCAAACAACAGGUAUAUAAGAAGUGCCCUGAAGCCGGUGCCCAAGGGGCAGGGGAAAGGGUGGCCACCAGUGACCCCUCGGUCCCUCUCACUGUCCUAGUUGCCAUGUACUGCAGCUGACCAUGGCGAGGGCUCUGACUACAGCACAGAAGGCACUGGUCAGGAAGCAAGUUGGAGCUGGGCUCUCACAGCCCAGGCCAGGACAGAGACCUCUUCAUCCUGACCUUACUUCCCAGUCCGCACCUCGGUUCCUCCUGCUGCUCUCCGUCUGCCCACCCAAAGGCCUAGUUCGCUGGCUACACUGCUCACGCCUUUCCAGGAAAGCUCCCAGGAUUCUCUUGGUCCUCAGACUCUGCGGCAAGAUGGACUCUUCCCCUGGCUGACCCAGGGAGAGGGACAGGCAUGGCUCUGCCUCUACCCUGUGAAAUGUGGUUUGAGGGUUUACAGCUAUUACUGCCUAUGGAAAAAAUAUUUUUCUUUCCCAGGUACCUGCAGUUCCACCUUUGGCAUGCCAUCUCUGAUCUUACUUUGUUAUAAGCUAUCCUUAGAGAAUACACAUAGUGGGCUUUUCUUUGAGGGAGAAAAAAUUUGGUGCAGAAAUGAGGAUUUGGGGGUCAGGACUGUUGUGUCAGGACAGGUAGUGAUUAGAUGUAUCCUUGGGGGUCUCAAUCUUCCUACUGCCUCAAGGUCCUUGCUAGGGAAGGAAGGGUGGCCCUUGCAGAGAGUGUGUCCAGUCCCCAUGCAAGGGGCGUAGGACUACAGGUGCCAUGGGCCCCUCCUGUGCCCGCAGCUGGGCAUUGGCCCCUACAUGCACACUAUAAUCCUGGGUGCUCACUGCUUCCUGGGAGUCCUGUUGUUAUGGGCUGUGGGACGGUAUACUUGUAGUCACCCCACACCUCUGACCCACUGAGGCUUCCCUUGGUCCCAGGUAUACCCUCAAACAUGCAGUUCCUGGGAGAUCACUCUCAGUUGAGACCUCUUGGUCUUGACCUAAUGGAUUUGGGCCCUCAGUCCUGCCCCCCAGCCUGUUGACAGGCCAGGCCCUUGGUCCAGAUUUCUUUGGGUAUAGGGAAAAUGAGGGGGUAUAGCACCUGAGCAGUGCCUAGGAGGUGUGUGAAGGCCCUGCAUCUUUGCCUGUAUCCCAAUACCUGCUCUGGCACAGGGCCUGGCUGUGUGGGGAGGCCAUUGAUAAGCUCUCCAUGGUGGUUUCCAGCCUCUCAGUCCCCUUCUCCCUCCCCUGUUCUCCCUGUGUGUCUCUUCUUGUGCUCCUGGCCCCUUGUGGGAUAGGUUAGGAUAUCCUGGCUUCUCCAAGGCAGUCAGAGCUCUGUCAGGCUCUAGACAGAGGUUGUCAUUUGGGGGCAGUUAGACCCAGAGGAAGGCAGACUCUGGCCCACAGUCACACCGCUAGUGGGGACAGACUCCUGCCUCCAGCCCCAGCCCCAGCCCCAGCCCUUGCCUGAGUUACUCUAAUAGCCUGUUAUCUUGGCAAAACUCAGGGCAGAACAGCCAGCCUCAAAAAAAUGCAAGAGGCCAGUCACAGAUUUGGGAGAGGUGAGUGGAGAGAAGCCCCACUAGGCAUCCUCGCAGGGGGUCUCUGCUGCCCGGCCUCCCUUCUCCAGGACUCUACGCAAGCUCCCAGUCACUGCUCCUCCUGUUCCAGGC